GUGUGCACUUAACAGUAGCCACCCUCAGCAAGCGCUGCUACAGGAUGGCUGUUGGAGUCAUGAACAAGUGGGCCAAAGGAACAUACCAACGCCAGCCCACAACAGCCGUGACUCAGACGCUGUUUUACUGCCUUGUAGGCCUGAAAGACGAGCAGGACGUAUUCAACGUCCUGCAAGAGUUCCACAAUGGCUGUCUUAAAAGCAAAAAGGAGUUCGAUCAGAAAGUGAAUGGAAUCAAGCUUUCAAAGCAGGGGGGAGAUGCCUGUCAGCUGCUGCAUGCAGAGAAGCAGCGCCUCUGUGAGACUGUCAGGAAUCUGACAGAAGAGAAGACAGCAGCAGAGGCCGAAAAUCAGAGGCUGUCAGGAGAAAUCGAUAACCUGAAGAAGGAGCUAGACAAGUCCAAGAAAGACCUGGACAAGUACCAGAAAGACAAGGAGCCACACGAGGCAACUGAGCCUGCGCCAAAGAGCAGAAAAACGUUACACAACUGGGAGGGAAAGACUAUCACCAUGGGCAAGAUGGUGGCUGUGGUAUACAGCAGCCCCCACCAGGUGUAUUACGGACAAGUGGCAGAUAUAGCGGAGAGAGAGGGAGAACAGGUGGUGAUGGUUGACUUCUUUAAAAAGGCAAGAAAGUCCCUUGUGGCCAAUGGGGAGAGGCAGCCGGUGCCUCCCACCUUCAUUCUGGACACUGAUGUCCAAGUGGUAAAGAAUGGCGAGACCCUUUCCCUCUCCCAAGGGGAAGAUGGUAGACUAAAGAAAAAGGAGACCCAGUUUUGGGCUACAGGGAAAAGUCCCUGAACCAGAUUGUAUUUGUCAGGUGAAAGACAAAGUACUGUUGUUUUGUGUAGAAAAGCCAGGUAAAAGACAAAUACUGUUGUUUUGUGUAGAAAAGCCAGGUAAAAGACAAGUACUGUUGUUUUGUGUAAGCCAGGUGAAAGACACGUACUGUUGUUAUGUGUAGAAAAACCAGGUGAAAGAGAAGUACUGUUGUUUUGUGUAGAAAAGCCAGGUGAAAGACAAGUACUGUUGUUU